AUGAGUACAAUGACGGAGAUGGUGAUGAUGAAGUCCAAGAUGAGUGAGUACGGGCCCGACUCGGGCGGGCGUGUCAAGGGGGCAGUGGUGGUGAAGCCCAUAGUGUUUGGAAACACUGCCAAAUACUUCGGCAAAAAGCGCGAAGAGGACGGACACACCCAUCAGUGGACAGUAUACGUGAAGUCCUACAAGAAUGAGGACAUGUCUUCGUACGUGAAGAAGGUUCACUUCAAGCUGCACGAGUCCUACGCCAACCCCAACCGAGUGGUCACGAAACCCCCCUUCGAGGUAAGGGAGACGGGUUGGGGUGAGUUCGAGAUUGUCAUCAAAGUCUACUUCAUUGACCCCAACGAGCGACCCGUCACUAUAUACCACAUCUUAAAGCUGUUCCAAACGGAGAACAACGUGAUUAACAUCAAGAAGGAUCUCGUGUCCGAGUUCUACGACGAGAUCAUAUUCCAAGACCCGUCGGUCAUGAUGUCUCAGUUGCUCUCCUCCAACAGACAGCUCACCUCAGGACCUGUCAAACACGGCAUCGACUUCGACGACAAGAAGGAGAAGACGAUCAACACUAUACUCAACGCCAAGAAUAAGGUUCGCCUCGAGAUCACCGACUUGAAGGACAGACUUAAAGUGGCCAAAGAGGCCAUCAAUAAGUAUAAGACAGAGAUCGCCAAAUCCAACGAGUGA